AAAAGAGUAACAAUAUUUCCACGAAAUAUAAACAUUUGGGGAGAUCAUCAUGAAAGUGGUGCAACCAAUAAGGGCCUCUUUAGUUAUUAAUCGGAGGCUUUUGGUAAAUCUCACUUCAUAAUUACUUUUUUCUCUUUAAUUUAUCUCUUUCCAUGGCAGGAGGACAUAGACCUAAAGUCCUCAACAAACCAUGUAUCUUGCUUAUAGUGAUUGCUGGAAUGGAGAGAUUUGCAUUUAAAGGGGUGGCAUCAAACUUAGUGAUAUAUCUUACUGAUGUUGUUAAUAUGAGCAAUUCUGCGGCAGCUAAAACUGUAAAUAGUUGGUGUGGUUUUACAUCCAUUAUGCCACUCUUGGUGGCUCCCCUUGCUGAUUCUUUAUGGGAUCACUAUUCUACCAUAUUGGCUGCAUCUUUUUUCUAUAUUCUGGGCCUUGCAUCACUAACAUCAACUACAUUUGAAUGGGCAUGGCCAGUGAACAAGAACAUAUCAAAUACCUUUAUGUUUUGGUCACUCUGUUUGAUAUCACUUGGCCAAGGAGGUUACAACCCUUCUCUGCAAGCCUUUGGAGGAGAUCAACUUGGAGAGGAAGAAGAUUUGCCUUCUAACCAAACUGACCUUAAGACCUCCAGUAAAAGGACUACUUUCUUCACUUGGUGGUACUUUGGUGUGUGCAGUGGUAGCCUCUUGGGAGUAUCUAUCAUGUCAUACAUCCAAGACACUCUAGGCUGGUCUCUAGGGUUUGCAAUCCCUACUAUGGUCAUGAUCGCAUCUAUCAUCUUAUUUUCUUGCGGUACCAGGUGCUAUGCAUUUAAUUUCGCUAAUGAUCAGAAGCUUGAUAAUCACAGUCCGCUCACGAAUAUCACUAAUGGUCUUAAGACUGCUAUAUCAAGGGUGUUCAACUGUGGCAUCGGUGAAUCCCAUCGCAAAGUCAAUGCUCCAGAGUUGGAAAACGAUACUUAUUUAUCCUCUCUACCUUCAAGGCUGCAGGAGAAUCAACUCUCGUGCCAAAAGCUAGUAGGAAGCAUGGAGCCUGGUGAGAGACAAAGUAAAAGCACAUGUCUUUCUGAUAAUGCUAAAGUAACACUAAGGCUCUUACCUAUAUGGACCAUGUUGCUGUUGUUUGCCGUGAUCUUCCAACAACCAGCCACAUUCUUCACCAAACAAGGCAUGACAAUGAGACGGAACAUUGGAACCAAGUUCAAGAUCCCACCAGCAACUCUGCAAGGAGCCAUUACUGUCUCAAUUAUCAUCCUAAUGCCUUUCUAUGACAGGGUUCUUGUCCCCUGUACACAAUUAAUCACAAGAAAUGAGAAGGGCAUAACCGUCCUACAGAGAAUGGGUGUUGGAAUGGUCCUUUCCAUCAUUGCCAUGGUAAUUGCCGCGUUGGUAGAAGAAAAGAGACUCAAGAAUCCAUCCUUGAGCAUAUUUUGGUUGCUACCACAAUACAUAUUACUAGGGAUAUCAGACAUCUUUACAGUUGUGGGAAUGCAGGAAUUCUUCUAUGGUGAAGUUCCCGUAAAGAUGAGGACAAUGGGAAUAGCCUUGUACACUAGUGUGUUUGGAGUAGGCAGUUUCCUCAGUGCCAUAAUGAUAGCUUUGAUUGAGGUCUUCACGACUAGGGGAGGAAAUCAGAGUUGGUUCUCUGAUGAUAUGAUGAAAGCAAGGUUAGAUAAGUAUUAUUGGCUUCUAGCCAUAUUAAGUUCGUUUAGUUUGCUCAUAUACAUAGUAUUGUGUAAAUUUCACAAGAGUAGGAGUGACUUAGCUAAUGAAAAUGAUGCAUAAAGUUGAAAGUUAUGAUUUAUGCAUUUUUCUUAUAUUCAA